AGUUUGCCGCUGUGCCGCGGCGCCUCCGGAGCGGCUGGCUGCGGGCUGCCCCUGCCCCGCUCCCGGGCGGGCGGGGACGGCGGCGAGCCGAGGCGACCCAGGCAGCGGCCCGCCGCCCCCGGGGAAGGCUGUGCUCCGGGGAGCAGCGGGGGGAGGCGGCUGGCACAGACGCCGGAGCUCCGCCGCCCACCCCCCGGCACCGCCGCAGUCUGCCCAGCGCCGGCAGCCCCGGGAGAUGGUGACACAUGAAGCGUGCGGGAAGGACCAUGGUUGAGAGGACCAGCAAGUUCUUGCUGAUCGUGGCCGUCUCGGUGUGCUUCAUGCUUAUCCUGUACCAGUACGUGGGGCCGGGGCUGAGCCUGGGUUCCCCCAGCGGCCGCUCCUACUCGGAGGAGCUGGACCUCUUUCCCACGCCGGACCCUCACUACGUGAAGAAGUAUUACUUCCCCGUGCGGGAGCUGGAGCGGGAGCUCGCGUUCGACAUGAAGGGCGAGGACGUGAUCGUCUUUCUGCACAUCCAGAAGACCGGCGGCACCACCUUCGGCCGCCACCUGGUGCAGAACGUGCGGCUGGAGGUGCCGUGCGACUGCCGGCCCGGGCAGAAGAAGUGCACCUGCUACCGGCCCAACCGCAGGGAGACCUGGCUCUUCUCGCGCUUCUCCACGGGCUGGAGCUGCGGGCUGCACGCCGACUGGACCGAGCUCACCAACUGCGUGCCCGGGGUGCUGGACCGCCGGGAGAGCGCCGCGGCCAAGACGCCCAGAAAAUUUUACUACAUCACGCUGCUGAGAGACCCCGUGUCUCGUUACCUCAGCGAAUGGCGUCACGUCCAGCGAGGAGCUACUUGGAAAACAUCCUUGCACAUGUGUGAUGGCAGGACACCAACUCCUGAGGAGCUGCCCUCGUGCUACGAGGGCACGGACUGGUCGGGCUGCACGCUGCAGGAGUUCAUGGAUUGCCCGUACAACUUGGCCAACAACCGCCAAGUGAGGAUGUUGGCUGACUUGAGCCUGGUGGGCUGCUACAACAUGUCCUUCAUCCCAGAGAACAAGCGAGCGCAGAUCCUGCUGGAGAGCGCCAAAAAAAACCUCAGAGACAUGGCCUUCUUCGGCCUGACAGAGUUCCAGAGAAAGACUCAGUACCUGUUUGAGAGAACUUUUAACCUGAAGUUCAUCCGGCCCUUCAUGCAGUACAACAGCACGCGGGCGGGCGGGGUGGAGGUGGACAACGACACCAUCCGCAGGAUCGAGGAGCUCAAUGACUUGGACAUGCAGCUCUAUGACUAUGCAAAGGACCUCUUCCAGCAGCGCUACCAGUACAAGCGGCAGCUGGAGAGGAUGGAGCAGAGGAUAAAGAACCGGGAGGAGCGGCUCCUCCACCGGUCCAACGAAGCCCUUCCCAAGGAAGAGACCGAAGAGCAAGGACGUUUGCCCACCGAGGACUACAUGAGCCAUAUUAUAGAGAAGUGGUAGCCUAGGCAGACUUUUAUAUUAAUGAUAUUCUAGGGUUUCCAUAUAAGAGAUCGUGGAAGUAAAAAUUACAAAAAAAAAAAAAAAAAAAAACCUGACAAAAAAUAUUUUAUUUAAAAACAAGUCUGUAAAACAGAAGAUAGAUUGCUUCCUUAAGCGUAGGGUCUUUUUACUGUUUCUUACAAGACCGAUGAGAUUCUUAAAAAAAAACAAUAAAUACAUAAAAAUAAAAAAAGGGUCAACAUUCUAAUGCAGAGAUAAAAAAUGCACAAAUGCAGUUACCCAUGCAUGAGGCCAAAUACAGAAUGUUUCUUAUCCUCAUGAUUUUAACACAAAUGGCAGAAGUAGGAUUUUUAAAAAUCUGUUUAUCCCCUGAGCCUAAUGAUCUAAAGAUACAUAAUUUAAAAACAAGGAAACAGAGGUUUUCUUUUGUGGGAGAGGUGGGAUGGGAAUUGCAGUGUUUGUUAGUAACUGAUAAUGGUGACUAAGUUGAGGAUGGGCCGUCCUGUCAGGCUGGGAUCUGAGCACACAGGCAGUCACAGCAUUUCAGCUGGCAGCCACUGCCAGAAAGUAGAGCACCAGGAAAAAAAAAAAAAAAAAAAGAAGAAAACCAGUCAGAGGAUGAGAAACAUUAAAGCAAAUUGACUAUGGCCUGGGAAAUGUACUUAGCACAGUGGUUCUGAUUCAUUGCACUGGUAUCACAUAUACAUAUGCAGCUCCAUCACAAAAAUAAUAAGGAAUUCAUACACAAAACACCCAGGUUUGUUUCCCAGCCAGGUCCCAAAACAAGUUAAAAGCCAAGCAUAGACUCAAACCUGCAUUCACAUGUUGUCCUGUCAGCUUACACCACUACUAUUCAACCACUAUCAGUAUUGUGUGUUGACAGCACACGAAAACCAUAUCCUCCAUUCUACCAAAAAAAAAAAAAAAAAAAAAAAAAAAGGAAGAAAAAUUUAACUACUCCUUCAUAAAUCGGCACAAAAUUCAGACCCUGCAAUGGUUAGGUCACUAAUGAGAAUGUGACAAGGGGGUAAUUUUGUUUUGUUUGUUGCUAUGUGAAAUACUGACCCAGAAUAAGCAUACAGACCUUCCCGAGCUGUAUUAUUUCAGUUAUUUUUACUUGCUUUUAUCAAGAUGUAAUGGGCAUCAGCCUGUUUCCAGUGAGGUCACUAGAACUGAUACAAGUGGGAACAGGAUGGGGCUCUCUUCCAGAGCUGUGAAAAUUUCUGACUGUGGGUCUGAAUUAAUUAUGAGGCAGUGCACAUUGUCUUUUGGCAGGGUGCCUGUUCUGCAGCCCUUACUUUAAAUGAACAAGCUGUGUUCAUAAAACUGGAAAGGGGGAUCAUGGAUAGUGUUUUUUUAGUCUCAGACCACUCUCAAAGCAGAACUCUUUCAAUGCUGUUUUUUAGGGCCUCAUGUAAGUUUAAUCCUGCAGUGUGGGGACAGUCUAACCAGGUUCUGCUUACUGACUUUUGAGUCAUAGAACAACAAUGACUUCUCUAAUUCCUCUUUCCACUCACCAAAUUAAAAUAUGGCUUACUUUUUUGCUGUUGCAAGCACUUCUUUGUUUGGCUGGAAGCAUGGAAAUGAGGCAGUUUUUGCCUGGUUCAUGUCUCACUCUGUUAUUUCUCAGCCUGUAAGACCUGAACCAGCUAUUGUUUAGGGUAAACUCUGAACCCAAUGGAAUAUGAUUUUGAUUUUCAAAGGCCACGUUAACUGCAAAUCAAAUAUGCCAUUGUAAUCACUGGAGGAGAGGCAGAGAGCUGAUGCACUCAACUUUAGCAUGUUGUUUUUACAGCAUCCCUUUCCCAUCACACAAAUCCACUGAUGUGCUGCUUGGGUUGGAUUUUAAUUCUUUCUCUGCCUCUGUGUGCUGUUUCCAGCAGUUUCAAGUUCAGACUGAGUUUUGCAAAGAUGGGGAUUCUGGGGGGGAUACACCUUGCUUUGGGAGACAUUUUUCUCCUGAAGAGUGAAGGCGGCUAAAAACUUGAGAAGAGAAAACAAAAAGAGCACUUAAGGCUCAAACACAUUCUGGUACAGCCCUGAGCCAAAGUCCCCCAGAGUCAGAGGAUGUGUUUCCUGUUGAUGUCAGGUGGAUUUUGGUCAGGUCUGAUCCUGCUGCUGCCAAGCACACACUCACCUGUCUGCAGGCACAGCAGGACACUCUCACCACACAUUUGUGGUACCAGUAUGUGCUGGUGCUGUCCAUGGCUUCUGUGCCAGUGCUUCUGCCACAGAAUGGCUCCUGUUCCCAGGAAUGUGUAGCAUGGCCAUAGGCAUUUCCUCCUGGGUGAAAACUGGGAAGCAAAAUGAAGCAGUAUUUGGUGGUUGGCUUGGGGGAAGAGAAGGUAUUACAAGUCCAUUUGUCCAUCUCUGAAUUCCAAGACUGGGAGAAGCUGUGCUUGCUGGUUGCCAGCACUUUUGCAGUUUGCUGUAACUACAGAAAACAUUUGUACUUUGAAAAUGCAACUUUGCAGGCUGUUAACCCACAAAACCAGCACGAGAUAUGAAAAGCAAUUGUUCCACAUGCAGUUUCCACCUUUCCCCAAAAGCUUUUCAGGGUGUGUCCUGUAUCAUGGAUCCAUAACACACAAGGGGUUCCUGCAGCUAAUCCCUGUUUGUGUCUCACUGCUGGGACUGUGGGAUUCAGACCAGUGUUGUGAUUAGGCUGUGUCUGCCUGAGCUGUUCCUGUGUUACAGGCUCUGAGUAACCAGCUGGAUGUUAAUGAGUCUGUCUGCAGGGUUGUCUAAAUCAGAAGCAGCCUCUGCCCUUAGAAGCAUGUCAGUAGAAGACCUUGCUCCAACAUUUUCUUUGUAAUGGAUUGCAGUAACAAACAAAAGAAAUGAAAUUUUAUUGAAAACUGUCUUUAUUAACAGUUUCAUUUCAACCACAAAAGGAAGGCUGACCUCAGUACUGAGGCAGAAGUGUAUAGAUUUAAAUUCUGCACCCAUGCAAAUGCCUCAGUUUCUCCACCUCUACACUGGGAGUAACGAAUUCACAGACUCUAAAAGGGUACUCCAAGGUAUGAAAAGUAUAGGGCACAUUUAAACAGAUUCUGAGUAAUAGAAAUGAACAGAAUCACCCCAAAGCCAUUCCUCACCCUGGCUCCUGUGCUGCUCUGCUUCUGGCUGUUAAUUUAUUUUAAGUGCUGUGCACCAGAACGUGGGUUGCAGAACAUACCUGGCACUGUAUUCUUCCUUCAGUGGGUGCAAAGGAACUUUUUUAACAUAAUGUGAAUGUAGUUUUUUGUGAUUUAUAUGUACCACACUUUGAAGUGGUACUGUUCUGUUCUUUUUAGGACUGAUAUUUUGAUGCUACAAUAACAUGAAAAGUGUGUGUGUAGUUUUAAAGUGAAUGGAGAACAACAGCUUUAAGGCACUCUGGCAGUAGUGGCCAGAUAGUAGAUUCUUGUUCAGUAUCUGCCCCUUUCUUCCAAAAUGUUUUUCCUGUGACUUCCAGACACACCAAGAGUUUCUUCAGUACCUGAAGUGGUUUUUUUCAGGGGGUCUGUCAGUCUGUCAGUGCAUCAUGAUCCAGGUCAGGUUAGGAAAGUGCUGGAGCAGUGCAGGCAGGUGCGAGAUUGGACUUCUCUCUUAGGGACUUUGUGGCUUCUUAGGGCUAAGAAGUCAAUUUGCUUUUAGUCACCUAAACAGUGUAAACAUCACUGCUUUGGUGGGUGUUCUUGCUGAAGAAAACAUUUUACUGCUGGUUUGUCUCAUCCUAGUUAACUUUGUUGAAGGAGUUUGCCUCAUCCAAAGUUUUCCAGACAGUCAGGUGCCACCUUGUACCCUAUCCAGGUCACAAAAUGCAGGAUUGACUGGUGAGGUUGCCAGCCCAGGCUGUCACAGGGUUCAAAGUCAUAAACAAAAACAAAACAAAAACAAAACAAAACAAAACAAAACAAGUCAGCAAAAGAUCAGUGUGACUCUCUGGCUUGUCCGGUUUUCUCCCUUUAUGCCCAACAUUUUGGAAUAAAUGAGGAGCACUUCAGUUGAUGUUUUUGCACCCCACAGUCCCUUCCUUGCUUACAAAACUGGGAUGACAAUUGAAGCAGCAUAAGAAAGAUACCAAUAAGGUUUUGAAUCCUCUCUCCCAGGGCUUCCUGUUAGAGCAGAAAAGAGCAGUACAGUUGCUGAGAGUGUGACCAAGGCAGGAGGACUCCCCAGUGGCCACACAAUUAGGAGAUUGUCCCUCUGAGCCAGUCAAGUCACUUCACAGGGAGCAGUGGACAGCUCCAGAAGGUGAUGAUAGCAUCACAGCACAGAGCCUGGCCGAGGUUCAUAGCUUGGGGUCAAAGCAUCUCUAGUGUCUCACUGGUGUUCAGAGUUCCCCAGACCCCCUCCUAUCCCACAGGCUUCUCCAGUCAGCACAAAAAGGGAUAGCACUACAGGAAUUCAUCACCCAGCCUGUGCUUAAUGCUGUAUUCCCUGAGCCAGAGCUUGGCAUGCAGCUGACACUGGCUGCUGGACUCAAAUCACAGGGCUGGCUGUGUUCUCUUUUGAUUCUUCUUUUCACUUCCACUAACACUAGCAGAUCAUGUUGCAGAGGCAGAGGUGAGUGUGGCAUUCCCUGCCUGAUCUGGAGCCUUCCAAGCCUUUGCAACACAGGUCAGUGAGCUCAGGUGAGCCAGGGCACACAGUCCCAGCUACCCGUGGCUGCUUCUUUCACCCCGUGCACAAGAGCUCUGCCAAGGUGAAUGCACACGGGUGUUAAAGCUCGUGUUGUGCCAGCUCUGUUAUUCCUAGCCUGUAAUGCAAGCUGAAAAAAAAACAGAUUUGCAUGAGUCUGUCUGCUCAGAGCCCCACAAUUCCCCCUCCCUGUUCAGUUCCCCCACAUGUCAGUUCUAGAGACUGGAUUGAGAGAGUUGUACUAUAAUGAAUAAUUUUAUAUUCAAAAGGUUUACUGAGCAUGAUUUGUUUUGUACAUAUUGGAAUAUGAUUUAACUUAUUUUUAUUGCCCCUUUUAAUCUUUUUUUUUUUUCCCAUAAGGAAAAGACAAAAAUCCCCAUCCUCUCUCAAUGUGAAGUUGCUGUGUUUUUAUGUGUAGUCUGCCAGUCAAACACACAACAGGCAGAGGAUUUCUCACCAUCCCUACAGCUAUCUCAUUUUGGUUUUCACUGUCAUUUGCAUUCAUCUGGGACUUUGCCUAUAUUAUGUUCUUUCCUCUCUGCUGCACAGUCUGCACAGAGCAGGGAAUGGGCAAUGCAGGCAGGAUUUCCUUUUUCUUCCUUUCCCCUUUCUUGAGUGCUUUACUUACCAAGGAACUCAGUUCCUCUAGGAGUUGUGUGACUGAGGGUAAAAAAUACAACUGUCCCCACACCUGCCUUCCACCCUCCAUAUUGUAGAUCAAACAGAUUCAGCUUCUCUGAAAGUGACUGUGGCUGAACUCAUCCUAUUGGGCUGAAUGUGUAUGGUUUGCACUUUCCCCCCCACUUCAGGAACUUAAAACCAACAAAAAUAAAUGGCAACUGUUUUAACUUGAGCCAAGUAACACUUAAAGCUUUAUAUAUUUAUUUAUAGCAUCUUACAAAAAGUGUUAAAAGGUUUUUUCUUCCACAAGAAAAAUAAAAUUUUACAAAAUCAUCUAAUUGUUUUUGUCUAGAUCAAGGAUGAAUGUUAGCAGAUGAAAUAAACCCUAAAAUUGA